GGCACGUCUGGCACUUUGCAUCUGCACCGCGCGUGUGUGCCUGACACCCUUGCCCACUUCUAGUUCAUGCUGUGUCUCCAACCAAAGCGGAAAUCUCGUUAACAGCAUCCACGGAACGCUCGCCGUCGAAUAUCGUACUUGGACUGCGCUCUCAUUUCUGGCCAUCUGUCUCUCUCUCUCAGUUCGAAUCUGCCAAUCGCGGCCGAUCCGUCAACAUUGGGGCGGCGCGACCCUGAAUUUGCCCUGUUUACCACUUUGACCCGCGCAGUCGGGCCAACCCUUCACAGAACUGAUGCUUUCCUCCUGGCCAGAUUGACACCUUCGAGUCUUGAAUAAAACAUGGCUUCUGCCGCAGGGAGUAGCGGAGGCGGGAACAACAUCAAAGUUGUUGCCCGUUUCCGUCCUCAGAACAAAGUCGAACUCGCAAAUGGAGGCCAACCUGUUGUCCAGUUCACGGGCGAGGACACGGUCCAGCUUCAGUCCUCCGAAACCAAUGCCCCCUUCACCUUCGAUCGAGUCUUUGACAUGUCCUCCCAACAAGCCGACAUAUUCGAUUUCUCCAUAAGGUCUACGGUGGAAGAUGUCAUGAAUGGCUACAACGGCACCGUCUUCGCCUAUGGCCAGACGGGUGCUGGAAAGUCUUAUACAAUGAUGGGAGACAUGGACGAUUCGGACAAGAAGGGUAUAAUUCCUCGCAUCACCGAACAAAUAUUUGAUUCCAUCCUUGUCCACGGUUCGGCGCAAAUUGAAUACACCGUCGGCAUCUCCUACCUGGAAAUUUACAUGGAACGGAUACGCGAUUUGCUGAACCCCGUCAUGGACAAUCUUCCCAUCAACGAAGGACCAAGGGGGCCGUACGUUAAAGGGCUGCGUGAAAUUUAUGUCAACACGGUGGAGGAAGUCUAUACUGCGAUGCAUCUGGGCCAGAGAUCAAGAGUCACGGCAUCCACCAACAUGAAUUUGGAGUCAUCACGCUCGCAUUCGAUAUUCUUGGUUACCAUAAAUCAGAAAGAUGUCAACACCGGGUCGCAAAAGAGCGGGAUGCUAUAUCUUGUGGACUUGGCAGGUUCAGAAAAGGUCGGCAAGACGGGCGCCAGCGGACAGACAUUAGAAGAAGCGAAGAAGAUCAACAAAAGUUUAAGCGCGCUGGGUAUGGUCAUCAAUGCCCUGACUGACGGCAAAUCAACACAUGUCCCCUAUCGAGACUCCAAGUUGACCAGGAUUCUGCAAGAAAGUUUGGGCGGUAAUUCGAGAACAACCCUGAUUAUAAAUUGUUCCCCCAGCAGCUACAAUGAUGCCGAAACCGUCAGCACCCUACGAUUCGGUAUGAGAGCAAAGACGAUCAAGAACAAGGCCAAGAUCAACGCCGAGUUGAGUCCGGCGGAGCUCAAGCGCCAGCUCAAGCUUGCUCAGAACCAGACCAUGACCUUUGAGAAGUAUAUUGCCUCGUUGGAUUCGGAGUUACAGCUUUGGCGAAAGGGCGAGACGGUUCCCAAAGAAAAAUGGGUGCCUCCGUUGGGCGGUUCAGGACAGAAGUCGGAAGCCAAGGCAAGACCAGACACGCCCUCAAGAGCACCUUCGGAACUUCUCAGAUCAGACACCCCCAGUAGACCCGAUUCCCGGACUGGCGAAAGAUCAAGUACACCCAGCAUUAUACUCGAGAAGGAUGAGCGAGAGGAAUUUUUGCGACGAGAAAAUGAACUUCAAGAUCAGCUUACCGAGAAGGAGACACAGGUCGCCAACGCGGAGCGUAGCCUUCAAGAGGCCCGAGAGGAGCUCAAAUCAUACAAGGAUGGCGCCAUGCGAACAUCCAAGGAGAAUGAGACCAUGGCGGAUAAACUGAACAAGACCCAACUGGAGCUCCAGAAGCUGUCGUACCAGAGCAAGGAAGAUGCGAUCACGAUGGAGGGCUUGAAAGAUGCGAACUCGGAAUUAGAGGCGGAGCUGAUUUCAGUCAAACAGCAGUUGUUAGAACUCAAGAUGAGCGCCAAAGAGACCACGGCGGCUCUGGACGAAAAGGAUCGCAAAAAGAAAGAGAAAAUGGCCAAGAUGAUGGCGGGCUUUGACCUCGGUGACAGCGCAUUCUCCGACAAUGAGGAUCGCAUGCGAGAGAUGCUCGAUCAAGUCGACGCCUUGCACGCUGCGAGCCUCAAUGGCGAGGCUGUACCGAGCCAUGUUCUGGAAGAUCUACGCUCGAAAUUGCUGGAAUCGCAGAUGCUAGUUCGACAGGCAGAGAAAUCUCUAAAUGAACGCGCCGAGGACGAUCACGAGGACCGCACGAUCGCGCUGGAAGAGAAACUGUCGGCGGUGCAACAGGAUUAUGAGGAGUUGUUGACUCGAAACCUUGGUCCCGAAGAUAUAGAAGAUGUCAAAGGGCGACUGGAGCAAUUGUUCUCGGAUCGAAGGGAUACGCAAAGCGAGCUUGUCCACGACCUGCGAGACCAGCUAGCGCACAAGUCGCAAGAAAUUGAGCGGUUGCAGAAGAGCAUCACGGAUCUCCAGUCCCGGGGAACUGCCAAUGGUGCUGGCGUGGCCAACGGCGUCACAAGCAAGACCUUGCAACAACAAAUCGCCGAUUUUGAAUCAAUGAAGAAGAACCUGAUGCGUGAUCUGCAGAACCGGUGCGAGCGAGUGGUGGAAUUGGAGAUUUCGCUCGACGAGACGCGGGAACAAUACAACAACGUGCUCCGGUCCAGCAACAACCGCCAGCAACAGAAGAAGAUGGCAUUUUUGGAGCGCAACCUCGAGCAACUCACGGUGGUGCAGAGGCAGCUGGUCGAUCAGAACACGAGCCUGAAGAAGGAAGUCGCGAUCGCGGAGCGAAAACUGAUUGCCCGAAACGAACGGAUACUGAGUCUGGAGAGCCUGUUGGCCGACAGCCAAGACAAAUUGACCGCCGCCAACCACAGGUUCGAAGCACAACUUGCCGCAGUAAAGGAACGUCUCGAAGCAGCCAAGGUAUCGUCCAGAAACAUGGCCACGGCUGGAGCUGGUGCAACCGGUGGAUUCAACAGCCUCAUGAACGCCGGUGCACGGAUUGCCAAACCGCUACGUGGAGGCGGUGGUGCACCAUCGAACCUUGACGGAGCAAAUGGAGCACCCAGCUUACCGAUCAUCUCGACCCUGAGCGGAUCAGAAGGAGGUAACAAACGGAGCAGUUGGUUUUUCAACACCAAUCGAUGAAACCGGGGAGCAACCGCGAAAUAUAUCUUUCACUGAUUUGCACUGGAUGUUGGCGCUGGGGCUUGGCAGAGUUUGGGUGCAGAGAAGGUGCAUCACAGACUACAAUCGGCACUAGGGCUGGACGUUUGAUAUGCUGGACUGACUGACAGGCUCCAUUUGCUAUCCGAGUUUUUAUGCAUCAUGAGCGACGGCGACUUCUUGUUUUUUACGAGGGCUUUUGGUUGAUUUGUGAUGGGAUACAUGACCUGCAAGAUGGCCCCUUUCCUGAACCGGUUUUUGUACAUUUGUCUGAAGCUAGACAAUUCCGCGAAGAGUAGAAGUGGUAGACUGUCUGUAUCAACGACUGGUCAUCAACAUGACUUGGGUAGAUGUGCUUUAUGGGGAGUGUGGGCUAUACUGUUCUUCGGAUCUUCAGGCUUCUAUCUCCAGGACAAGAUGCUCAACGACUGCUUCUUGGUGUAUUAAGUCAGGAGGAGGAAUUGUCACCCUCUCUGCUCAUUAUAUUUA